GUCCAGAGCUUUAUGCGGGGCUGGUUAUGUAGAAGAAAAUGGAAGACUAUUGUCCAAGAUUAUAUUUGUUCUCCCCAUGCAGAAAGCAUGAGAAAAAGGAAUCAGAUAGUUUUUAACAUGGUGGAGGCUGAAUCUGAAUAUGUGCAUCAACUUUAUGUUCUCGUGAACUGUUUUCUGCGGCCCUUAAGGAUGGCUGCAAGUUCAAAGAAGCCACCUAUCAGUCAUGAUGAUGUUAGUAGUAUUUUCCUCAACAGUGAAACAAUCAUGUUUCUUCAUGAGAUAUUUCACCAAGGCUUAAAAGCAAGAAUAGCUAAUUGGCCUACCUUAAUCCUAGCUGACUUAUUUGACAUUCUGCUGCCAAUGCUGAACAUAUAUCAAGAAUUUGUUCGGAAUCAUCAAUAUAGUCUACAAGUACUGGCAAACUGUAAGCAAAACAGAGAUUUUGACAAACUCUUGAAGCAAUAUGAAGCCAACCCAGCAUGUGAGGGGCGAAUGCUGGAAACUUUCCUUACUUACCCCAUGUUUCAGAUUCCUAGAUAUAUUAUAACACUUCAUGAACUUCUGGCUCACACGCCACAUGAACAUGUUGAGCGAAAAAGCCUUGAAUUUGCUAAGUCUAAACUGGAAGAACUUUCCAGGGUGAUGCAUGAUGAAGUGAGUGACACAGAAAACAUCCGGAAGAAUCUAGCCAUAGAGAGAACGAUAGUAGAAGGCUGUGAUAUAUUACUAGAUACCAGCCAAACAUUUAUACGCCAAGGUUCCCUUAUUCAAGUCCCUUCAGUUGAGAGGGGAAAGCUUAGUAAAGUUCGUCUGGGAUCAUUAUCUUUGAAGAAAGAAGGAGAAAGGCAGUGCUUCUUAUUUACAAAACAUUUUUUAAUUUGUACAAGAAGUUCAGGAGGAAAACUGCAUCUUCUCAAGACAGGAGGUGUUUUGUCUUUAAUAGAGUGCACACUGAUCGAGGAGACAGAUGCAAGUGAUGAUGAUUCAAAAGGUUCUGGACAAGUAUUUGGACACCUUGAUUUCAAGCUUGUAGUUGAACCUACAGAUGCUCCUCCUUUUACUGUUGUCCUUUUAGCCCCAUCACGACAGGAGAAAGCUGCAUGGACAAGUGAUAUAAGUCAGUGCAUUGAUAACAUACGGUGCAAUGGUUUGAUGACAAUAGUGUUUGAAGAAAACUCUAAAGUCACAGUGCCACAUAUGAUCAAAUCCGAUGCUCGUCUUCAUAGAGAUGACAUCGAUAUCUGCUUCAGCAAAACACUGAAUUCCUGCAAAGUACCACAGAUCCGUUAUGCAAGCGUCGAACGUCUUUUGGAGCGGCUAACGGACUUGCGAUUUCUAAGUAUUGAUUUCUUGAAUACUUUCCUACAUACUUACCGCAUAUUUACUACUGCAGCUGUUGUACUGGAAAAACUUUCAGACAUAUACAGACGACCGUUCACAUCCAUUCCUGUCAGGUCUUUGGAGUUAUUCUUUGCUACAAGUCAAAACAACAGAGGAGAGUACCUGGCUGAUGGGAAGUCACCACAUCUCUGUCGCAAAUUUUCUUCUCCUCCUCCACUGUCACUGUCCAGAACUUCCUCACCCGUCAGAACCCGAAAACUGUCGUUGACCUCACCUCUGAAUUCAAGGAUCGGUGCCCUUGACCUCUCAGCUUCAUCUGUGGCAAGCAGUCCUACCUCGACUUAUAGCCCGGCCACCUCUCCACCACCAACAGGUAGCAAAGUACCGCUGGACCUUAGCAAAGGGCCCUCCUCUCCUGAGCAAAGCCCUGGCUCCAUAGAGGACAGCUUGGAGAACCCUCGUGUUGACCUCUGUUACAAGCUGAGGAGAAGCAUUAGAAGAGCAGCAGUUCUAGAAUCUGUGUCAGUGGACUGGACAAUUCCUGAAAGCACCUCAACAGUGGAUACCACAGAGCUUUCCCCAUGUAGAUCCCCUUCGACACCACGUCACCUUCGCUAUCGUCAACCAGGAGUACAAACUGCUGACAACAGCCACUGUUCAGUUUCUCCUGCUUCUGCUUUUGCUAUUGCUACAGCUGCAGCAGGUCACGGGAGUCCACCAG